AUGGAGGCCGAGGGGCCGCCCCAGGCCAGGAGGUGCUGCCCAGAGGCCAUGGGGAAGCUCUUCCCUGGCCUCUGCUUCCUCUGCUGCUUAGUGACCUAUGCACUGGUAGGUGCUGCGCUCUUCUCUGCCAUUGAGGGCAGCCCAGUCCUGAGGCCAGAAGAUGAAGAGGUGUUCAAGGCCUUCCUGCACAAGUUGUCUGACAUCCUGGAAUGCAAUGGGACAGUUGCGGAAGGCAAGACACAGCACCUGCGGAAACACCUGCAGACCAUGAACCCCGAGUGGUUGCACCAGCCGGAAGACUGGACCUUCCUGAGCGCGCUCUUCUUCUGCUGCACGGUGUUUAGCACCGUGGGUUAUGGCCACAUCUACCCUGUCACCAAGCCUGGCAAGUACCUGUGCAUGCUCUAUGCCCUCUUUGGGAUCCCCCUGAUGUUCCUGGUUCUCACGGACAUAGGGGACAUCCUGGCAACCAUCCUGUCCAAGUCCUACAAUCAGUUCCGAAAACUCCCUUUCUUCCCUCGCGCCCCCUCUGAGUGGUGCUCUGGACUGCGCUGCAGGAGGAAGCCCAUCGCCAAGCCAGGGGUGGCCUCUGUCCCUCGGAUCGUCAUCAGCGCUGAAGAUCCCCGUGGCCCCAAGUCAGGCAAGUGCCCCUCAGACCCAGGCAGCCACGCAGAGCUGUUGAAGAGUCUUCUCUUCGCACAAGAGAAAGAGAACCUGCUGGCCCUGGCCCCACGGACCAUGGAGAGGAGCAACUCGUGUCCAGAGCUGGCGCUGGGGAGGCUGUCUGCCUCCAUCCUCAGCAACCUGGACGAGGUGGGGUGCCAGGUGGAGAGGCUGGAUGUCCCCCUCCCUGUCAUCGCCCUGGUGGUCCUGGCCUACAUCUCCUGUGCUGCCGCCAUCCUCCCCAUCUGGGAGACCAACCUGAACUUCGAGAGCGCCUUCUACUUCUGCUUCAUCACACUGACCACCAUCGGCUUCGGGGACACCAAGUUGGACCACCCGACCUUCUUCCUGUUCUUCUCCCUGUACAUCAUCAUCGGGAUGGAGAUCCUGUGCAUCGCCUUCAAGCUGAUGCAAAACAGGCUCCUGCACGUGUACAGGGACCUCCUGCUGUGCCUGGCCACAGGGAGGUGCUGCCACCUGCCUAGGAAGUGA